GCAAUGAAGAUCAUGGCAGAACAAGGCUAGUGCUGGCUGAUUUACUGACUGCCCCAUUCCCAGGACUGCCUGUGCCAAGAGACUAUUUACUGUACAGCCAGAGAGAGAGACAUUGUCCCUGGGCGUUCUAUUGCAUAGAAUUACACGAAGAACAUUAUUUAUUUCCUCUGGGAUCGCAUUGUCCUUUGAUGAGGAGAAGGGAGGGGGCAUGCUGGCAUGCAUUGGACAUGGAGAGAAGAGGUGGGAUUGUGCCACCCGUUUGUCCCCUACAGCCUGAGAGGUGAGGGGGGCAUGAAGAAGUAACACUAGCCCCCAGUCUAAUUUUUAUUUUUGUUCUGCAUGAGGCUGCAGCAACCUUCCCACUGCACCUUGUCAUUGUGUCUGUUACCCUGAUCCACCAUGCUGCCUGGGGUAGGGGUGUUUGGCACCAGUCUGACAUCCAGGGUGAUCAUCCCUUUGCUGAAGGAUGAAGGUUUCGCUGUCAAGGCUUUAUGGGGAAGGACACAGGAGGAGGCUGAGGAGCUGGCUAAGGAAAUGAGUGUCCCCUUCUAUACCAACCGCAUAGACGACGUGUUGCUGCACCAGGACGUGGACCUGGUCUGCAUCAACCUGCCUCCACCUCUCACCAAGCAGAUCGCAGUCAAAACCCUGGGUAUUGGAAAGAAUGUGAUCUGUGACCGAACGGCAACUCCACUCGAUGCUUUCAGAAUGAUGUCAGCUGCCCAUUAUUACCCCAAGCUCAUGAGCAUCAUGGGAAAUGUUCUGCGGUUUCUUCCUGCUUUUGUAAAGAUGAAGCAGAUGAUACAAGAAGGAUAUGUGGGUGAGAUGCAAGUGUGCGAGGUGCAGGUCCACAGUGGCAGUCUACUGGGAAAGAAGUAUAACUGGAGCUGUGAUGACUUGAUGGGUGGAGGAGGUCUUCACUCUGUUGGUAGCUACAUCAUCGACCUUUUAACUUUUCUGACCAGCCAAAAAGCAGUGAAGGUCCAUGGACUCCUCAAAACCUUUGUGAAGCAGACUGAUCAUAUAAAAGGGAUACGACAGAUUACCAGUGAUGAUUUUUGUACAUUUCAAAUGGUUCUAGAAGGUGGAGUAUGCUGCACUGUCACUCUUAACUUUAAUGUUCCCGGAGAAUUCAAACAAGAUAUAAUUGUUGUUGGAUCAGAGGGUAGACUGAUUGUAACAGGUACAGACCUUUAUGGGCAGAGAAACAGCUCAUCUGAGCGUGAAUUACUUCUAAAAGACUCUACACCCGUCAGCAACUCCCUUUUACCCGAAAAGGCCUUUAGUGACAUUCCUUCCCCAUAUCUCAGAGGAACAAUUAAGAUGGUACAGGCCGUACGGCAAGCAUUUCAAGACCAAGAUGAUCGGAGAACAUGGGACGGAAGGCCACUUACAAUGGCUGCAACCUUUGAUGACUGUCUUUAUGCUUUGUGUGUGGUGGACACCAUAAAGAAAUCAAAUCAGACUGGGGAAUGGCAGAAUAUUGUGAUAAUGACAGAGGAACCAGAGUUGAGCCCUGCCUAUCUAAUUAGCGAAGCCAUGCGUAGGAGCCGAAUGUCUCUGUACUGCUAGCAGCCUCAGUGCCAGAAUUAGGAUGACUAAUAUUUGUGGAUAAAUGUUUGAAAUCUAUUCUAAACAGACAUUACUGAGGUGGAUGGCGUAUGGAAGAUAUAUCAUAAUGUGUGUAUAUUUGUAUCAUUGUUGUAUUUGGAAUGGAACAGAUUAUUUUCUUUCAAUGGCACAUAAACUGUGAACUUUUAUCAGAAUGUAUUUUACUGGGGUAUAUGAAACCACAAAACAUUACUUUAUUUGCCUUGUUAGUUAACAAAAACAAUGGCCCAUUACUUCUGAUACCUACAUUUUGAAACCAACCUACAUGUUUGUAUAGGAACUUUGCAAUACGUGUCUGUCCCACAGAGUAUGUGCAUUGUUUUUUGGCCAACUGUUCAGCCAUUCCAAUGUUGGGCUUUACACUGGGAACUAAUUGGCUGAUGUUUACAAGGUGAAAUAAGUUCAGAUCCCAUUAGAGUAACUGAUUAGGCCUUCAUAUUACAUAUUAUCGUACAUAUAAAGUAAUAUAAUAUGACUUUUUUUGCAUAGAGACACAUAAAACAUUUCAGAUCCUAAUAUAACUACAUGUCAAACGGUUUCAACUAAUGUCUCCAUUUGUUCUUAAAAAAAAAAAAAAAGUCAGAAGAUGAACAUUUGCAACAGAGAAUCUCUAUCCUGCCUCCACCAAACGCAAUUACAUUUUUAAUUAUUGCACGCCUUUAUUAAUUAAUUGGUUAAUAACCAGUUAGCCGGCUUUUUAUGAGAAAUUGUGAAAUGCAACCUAGUGCGUGCAUGUUAGUAGCAAUGGCUUAUAUAGUUCUCUACCUUUGGAUGUUAUGCAACUGUCUUCAAUACGAUAUGCCAAAAAUUAACGCAGUGUGUCACAGGAGGUUUUCAUAUUAGAACGACUUGAGCCUCUGAACGAGUCUUUGCUACCAACUGGUUGGAUUUUGUCUUGAAUAAUUGCAUAUUAUUGUGGUUGCUUAAUUCCACUUUACUUUCUUGGUAUGUGCUAAACAAGUCAUUUUUUAAUAUACAUCCAAGAGGGUUAAGAAGUUUAAUAGUUGCUUGUUAAAGUUAUUUUAUGAAAAACCAAAACAGAAGUAUUCAGGUCUGUAGCUCUGUAGACAUCUACUGUAACUGCAUACAUGUACAAAAAUAAAUCAAUAUUGAACACUAUUGAAGGGUUUACUGUCAGUAAGUAGUGCAGUGGAGAGAAAUGAAAAAACACACUUACCUCUGCAGCAUUUCUGUGUCCAGAGGGACAACAUCUUCCCUUUGUGCUCUGGAUGUGCUCCUGUGUACCCAAGCAUCUUAAGAGAAAUACUGUUUGAGCAUGUCCAUGCUUGGGCAUAAUGCCAUACACCCAAGCACAUUUUGCAGGGUAAUUUAAUUUGCUUGGUAAGCUCAGGCCUUGCCAGGAUAGCCAAUUUUACAAUGUAAAUAAAAAAAAAUAUAUGGAGAAUUGUAUAAAAAAUAGAAUAGAAAUAAAUCUUACAUGUGACAGUUCUACUUUCAUUUUUAGAAACCUAGACAUUUAGAAGGUCUACCUUCACCAGGUUCCAAUUGUAUAUGAACAACAAUGCAUCAGCAGCUAUAAUUAAUGUUCUAAUUUGCUAAAAAAUAAAAAUUACAAAAAAAUCUUGCCAUAUUUAACAAACUAGUUCUCAGACAUAAAAGAUGUUUAAGUGUCAGUAAUUUGUCAGAAUAUUGAUACUCACAGCUGGUAUAUAUGGCUGGUGAAGUGAAUAUGAAGUGCCUGCAAUGUUGAAUUGUACCCUAGGUUUGAUAAAAUACUUUCCCUUGCUGAAUGCUUAGGAAAUUAGAUCCUAUUAAUUUGAAUGGAGUGUUUCUAUAUGUUAUAUUAUUGUGACAAAUAAGGAUGCCAUAUACACCAUAUGCAGGACACAUCAUUUAUUCCCUGUAGUAUGUAAAAGUUAUAUGCAGCAGGUACUAAAUCAAGUGAUAAAUCAAGCAGCACUCCUGCGGCAUAUACAUUCUACAUACUUCAGGGCAGUAUUUUCAUGUACUGCCAAUCAACAUGAUAAUAUUAUGCGUGUCAAAGAAAAUAUUGUGUAUAUGGCAAGCUUGAUGGCAAAUGUGCGUGGAAGGAGAUAUUACUUGAAGAUGUGUCUUCAUUUUUUCCCACCCUGAUUGCUGCAGAUUGCCAGAGUUCAGACUAGUUCAGACCAGCUAGUCAUAAGCUUAGUAUUCUCAUGCGGGAAACAAGCCUUCACUGUACUGAAUACAAAGUUAUGUGAGACAUUCACAUGUAAAUUCUACAUUUUUGGUGUCUGAAGCCAUACAUGUCUGUAAAUAUGUAGGGUAUUGAUGUGAUUUUUAGACUGAAACCCAACGAGUGUUCCUUAUAAGGUGAACAUAAGUACAGCAUAGAAAGUUAAAUAUUAUUAUUUUUUUUAUGAAUAUACAUUGUGCUCCAAUCAGCAUAUAUUGUUUACCUACAACAAGUCCUCAUCUAAGAGUUUCACUGCCGGUGGGUCACAUUAGUAGAAACACCGUCUAUUUUCUCCUUAAACUACAACUCCCAUGAUCCUCUGGAUGCUGACAAUACAUGACAACAUGUUUGCUAAACUUUAACUCCCAUGAUCCUCUAGGGUUAUGAUACUGGAUUGUGAACUUUUUGUCUACCCUUCUCACAAUCUACCCUUCUCGCAAAGUUUACUCAAUCCAUGUUAAAAUUAGUAGGUAACAUAUGGUAAUUUAUUCCUCACUUAUUCAUGUAUCAUUUAUAUUAGAACAUUGAAGAUGAAUGUAAUAUAAAUGUGUGAUGGCAAUCAAGCCUUUGCAAGAGAUCUUUGCACCAGUCCAAUAUUCAAUUCAUGAAAUGUAUUUCAUUCUGCUUGCAAAAGUAUGAUACCUCUUAUUGUUAAGGUAGUAACAGCUGUAUGGAGAAGUCCUUCAUAUUAUUUUGGAUUUUCAGUGAUACAUCGUUGAACUCCGCAUACUACAUGUGGUUAACGAUUUAAGGUAUUGACACAAUA